UUAGUUUAUUAAACCGCCUCUUCAUCAUCGCUCCAUUAAUUUCCUCUGAGCCGUUUAAACCUUUAUUUUGAAAAGAAAGAGAUAAUUAUCUCUGACGUCAUCAAGGUGUUUUCCAGGUAGAGCAUGUCGAGCGCUCUUGUUCCUCACACACACACACACACUCACACUAACAUACUCUAACACGCCGGAGGAGAUGGUGAGUUUGAGGAUGUGACUCAGUCGCUUUUCUGUGGAAGAAAAUCAGGAACUUCACUGACGAGACACUACACGUCGUUUAUUCCAAACGAAGUUUCUGUCUCAUGAAGGCUCGUCCGGCUCUUCUGUGACUCUGACCUCCGGGUGCUGAACCGAGGAGGAAGCUGCAGCUCUGCGGCCUGAAACAUGUUGGCUGGCGGUGCGUUCACGGCCCUGGUGCUGCUGCUGCUGCUGCUGUGGACCUCCGGAGAUUCUGCUGUGAUCGCUGAACGAGACUUUCCUCCUGUGGAUCUGAGUGAGAAGGACUCGGGUCUCUCAGUGAGCUUCACACACCCGCAACUCUUCUAUAGAGACCUGAAGCAGCCGGACGGAGCCACAUUUAACUUCACCGUCUCUACAGAUACAAGAGGUUUUCCCAGUUUGUGCCGUUUCAAUGACAAUACAUUUACCUGCGAUGUGGACGUCUUAUUCCAUGAGGGGGAGGAGAAGUGCCUCAGAGUCAGCGGUUCUUUUAUCGGCGGCGUGGCGUUCAGGGACACCGGCCGCAUCUGUCUGUCCCUUCCGCCUCCAACAAACGUGACUCUGAGCUGCCAAAAUUUCAACGUGGCCGUCAGCUGGAUGUACGGCCACCGGCGACCUCAGACCAGCUUCAGGGUUCACAUCGGAGGAACUGCAGGGCACAAUGUGAUUGAAACCACGGAGCAGCGGUUCGAUCUGAGCCGCUUCGUCUGGGCGACUGAAGAACGCUACAUGGGCUUCCACUCCGUUACUGUAACAGCUGUGGAGAGAGGAAACCAGUCGGAGCCGACCAAGCCCAUAACUUUUAGCUUCAACGACUACAAGCAGGCUGAUGAAAAGUGGAAGUUGGAUUUCCCUCCCGUGAAUCUGACUGAGAACGAUUCAGGGACCUCAGUCACUUUCAUGAAUCCUUUCCACUUCUACAAAGAGCUGAAGGACGCCAGCAAACCGGAUACGGCCACAUUUAGGUUCACUGCCUCCUUCGAUGGUGGAAGUACAGUUGAAGGGAAUUGCCCAGUGAAAGUGAAAAAAUGCAAACUUCCCGUCCUGUUUCCCGACGACACAGAGAAGUGCAUCCAUCUGAAAGGAUUGUUGAUCGAAGGGAAUAAUAUUGGAGAAGUUGUGUUCAGACAGACAGACCGCAUCUGUGUCAGUACAUCAUACGAGAUCCAUACCACAACACUUGUUAUACUCCUGUUGGUCCUCGGCAUCAUAGUCAGCGCGUUAAUAGUUGUCAUCUGUAAAGUAAAAGCCUGGACGAUGAGGCUACCCGGCCCACCUAAACCUCUGAUCAAGGUGAAAGAACACCAGGAGGGGACGAUGAGAUACGCUCCUGUGUCCAGCACAGAUGUCAGUAAGUUGACUGUCAAUGGGCCGUGCAAGAACCCAUCAGUCAGCUCCGAGGAGGACGCCAUCCUGAAGGAGAAGCUCCAGGAGAAGUUCAAGGAGUGCAGCAGCUCGGAACUCCUGCCGGCUGCCGGGCUGUACGCGAAGGGCGACCUUUCAGAGGGAUACGGAGGAGAAGAAGACUCUGCAAACAGCUCGUCGAGGACUGUCUCGAUUGAUUUGGAGGCGGAGGAGGAGAGGGUGCAGGAGGAGGUGGAGGUGGUGGUCCAGGAGCAGCAGCAGCAGGAAGAGGAGGAGGAGGAGGGGUUGGUGGAGGUUCCAGUCUACGACCGCCCACAAAAUCUGCAGGUGGACAUGGGUGACGGAGAAAUGGUCUCUGCUUACAUGGAGAGGUAAAACAGGAUUGGAGGGCAUUUAAUCACGGAUGGAUUAAUCCCUCAUCCAGGACCACUGUGACAUGCUCCUACCUCUGAGCUGCACUCAGGGAGAACGUGUCUUUGCUGACAAGACACCUGAAGAUGCCUCGUCUCUCUGGCUGCACUUAUCUACAUAUUUAAGGAUGCAAUUGUUUUGCCUUGUCGCUGUUUUUUGGAAGCAAUCUGAGGGACAACUGAAGGAAAAAAACACCUGAUUGUUCUCAAAAGGUCGGAGCUGCAACACAAGAAGGAUUAAAGGGGAAGUUUGGAGGUACUUAUGGCGGUCGGUUCGCCUCAAGAGAUGGACGUUUGGAGCAGAUAAACUUAUUUUAGCCACCUAAAAAAACAUCAUUUUAUGUGUUUGCUAUGUUUAAAUUAUUUUCCAGCUUUGUGUUGCAGUCAGACAGACCUGUUCAAGUAACAACAAGAUGUUAUAUUUCUCUUUUCAAUGCCACCAGACUCCAUUGGAUAAAAACUGUAAUUUUACCCUGCAGAACACAGGAUUUGCUGGUCUAUCGCUGCCUUGAUUAGUUAGUUUUCUGU